GAUUUUGCAGGAAGCGGAGUUGUGCACAUGGUAGGUGGUAUUGUUGCAUUUGUCGGGGCUUGGGCUCUUGGUCCACGUAUAGGAAGGUUUGAUAACCGUACUGGAGAACCCCUUGAAAUUAGAGGACACUCAGUUCCGUUUGCUUCUCUUGGUGGUUUUAUCCUCGUAUUUGGGUUCUUUGCUUUUAACGGAUCUUCCCAGGGUUCAAUCUCAGCGGAAGGAGAUGGCGCUGCAAUCGCCGUUGCUGUUGUGAACACAGUAUUGGCGGCAAGUGGCGGUGCUUUUACAACAUUGAUUAUGAAUAAGAUAAAAUAUUUCGGUGACAAGAAAUGGAGUUUUCUGACAACGUUAAACGGUUGCCUUACUGGAAUGGUAGCAAUAUGUGCAGGGUGUAACCAGUUUCAAUCCUACAUGGGUUUUGUCAUUGGUAUAUUGGGCGGUGUUUCAUACAUGAUAUUUACAUGGCUCGUACUAAAACUGAAGGUUGAUGAUCCCCUUGAUGCCACAGCUGUUCAUUUUGGAGGAGGACUGGUUGGUGUGUUGACCGUGCCAUUGUUUUCCAAUGACUUUGGUAUUGUGUACAAUUGGGACUUGCGAUCGGCUUACCAUUUAGGAUGGCAGCUAGCCGGACUUUGUGCGAUAUUUGUGUGGUCAGCCAUCCUCAGUAUCAUCUUAUUCUUCACUCUCAAGAAAACAAAAAUGCUCCGAGUUUCUUUUGAAUAUGAGAUGAAAGGUUUGGACAUACCGAAACACGGAGAAACCGCCUAUCCAGCGGAGGCGUACGGUCAUGGUUGGGGAGAAAAGGGCGACACUUUAGCUGGUCUGGCGAAAACAGCAAUUGCAUCUAGUACAGUGACAGCCAUCAAUGAAGAUGUUUCGAUGAGAUUACCACAAAAAGCAAGCCCUGGAGAGAGCCCUGAAGUUGAUGCAAUGAAUAACAAAAAUGGUCACGUUAACAAAUCAUUUACUGGAUCAUCAACACAAUUAUAAAUUGAAAAUUCAGAAGUUGUAUAUAUGAACAUGA